AUGGCCGUUGAAAGUAAUCGCCAACAGGCGAACUUUGGCGGCUGGUCCUCUCCUGGUUACAGAGACCUCACUGCUUUACCCCCACUUCUCCUCAGUCUCCCUCGUUGCACCAAUGCUGUGUGGAGAAAGCGGGCUCCCUUUGUCGGUUGUGCCCAGUGGUUCUCACUAUGUGUCGGAGACCUUGGAGCUCUCGAGCCGGUGAGACGAAGGAGCAAGAACUCAUAUGAAAGGAGAGGAGCUGCAGCUCAGAAAUCCAUUGGAACUGUCCGGGUCUUGCUUUUGGCCUGGCUUAUGGAGCCUAGCAAGGCGUGA